CUGCCCAUCAAUGCCACCUGUCACUGCCUGUCAGUGCCACCUAUCAGUGCUGCCAAUCAGUGCCACCUAUCAGUGCCCAUCAGUGUCGCCUAACAGUACCAGUCAGUGCCGCCUAUCAGUGCCAUUUAUGAGUACUGCCUUUCAGUGCCCAUCAGUGAUGUCUCUCAAUGCCCACCAGUGAUGCCUGUCAAUGCCCAUCAGUGCCAUCUACCAGUGCCUCAUCAGUGCCACCUAUCAGUGCCCAUCACUG